CAUCUUUCUCUCUCCAAAUACUAUCAAACCCCUCUCUUGGACUCCAUUUUUUUACAAGCCUCUAACAUUACAUGACUCAAUUUUCUUUCCAAAUAAAGCCUCUAUCCUUACAUCAAUAAACAAAAACAAAGCACAAAAAAGAAGAAAAAAGAGAAGUUGACAUUUUAGACGGGAUGGCCUUAUGGAGCUCCUCCUCCUCCUCUCUUCUCCCCCUCCUCGGCCUCCUGUCUCUCAUCCUCCUCCACCCCACCACCACCACCUCCACCUCCGCCUCCGCCAUCCGCCUCAACAUCAUCCAAAACCCCACCCCAUCCGCCUCAACAUCAUCCAAAACCCCACCGCUUCCGCGGCCAUCAUCCCUUCCUUCCGUGAGGCUCCUGCCUUUCGCAAUGGCCACACGUGCACACAACAUCAUGAUAAAAACAUCAUCCACAUUGUAAUGCCCCUCGAUGUAAAUUACAUUAGGGGCACAAUGGCUGCCGUCUUGUCGAUCUUGCAACACUCAACGUGCCCUGAGGAUGUCUCUUUCCAUUUUCUCUCCGUCCAUCUCCACCCUGAAAUCUCCUCUCUCAUCAAAUCCACCUUCCCUUACCUCACAUUCAAGAUGUACCCGUUCGACCCCAAUAGGGUCCGGGGGAAGAUAUCGAAAUCCAUUAGGCAGGCCCUGGAUCAACCCCUCAACUACGCAAGAAUCUACAUGGCCGACAUCCUCCCAAACGAUGUCAACCGUGUGAUAUAUUUGGAUUCGGACAUUAUCGUGGUAGACGAUAUAGCCAAGCUAUGGGGGGUGGAUUUAGGUGACAAGGUCCUUGGAGCACCAGAAUAUUGCCAUGCAAAUUUCACUAAUUAUUUCACCGACGCAUUUUGGUCAGAUGUAAACUUGAUGAGGACGUUUGAGGGACGACGGCCGUGCUAUUUCAACACGGGGGUGAUGGUGGUAGACGUCGAUCAAUGGAGGAAAGGAGGGUACACACAAAAAGUGGAGGAAUGGAUGGCAGUUCAAAAGCGCAUGAGGAUAUACCACUUGGGCUCAUUGCCUCCAGUUUUGCUUGUUUUUGCAGGGAAUAUUAAGGCAGUGGAUCAUAGGUGGAACCAACAUGGGUUAGGGGGGGACAACUUGGAAGGCAGGUGUAGAGGGCUCCAUCCUGGUCCAAUCAGCCUCCUACAUUGGAGUGGAAAGGGUAAGCCAUGGUUGAGAUUGGACUCAAGGAGGCCAUGCACGGUCGACUACCUAUGGGCCCCAUAUGAUCUCUACCGCUCGUCCAGAGUUGCGUUGGAAGAAUGAUAAAGGGUUCCAACAUCAAACUCGUGACAUCAAAUGGACAUAGCAUCGACUAAAGUAUGUAAUGUGUGAGUGAAUUGUGUGUAGUGGUGCUCGUUCGUGUGGCUGUAAUAUUCUUGAACGUCCGUUUGAUGCACCAAUGUUUAGGUAUCUAGGAGUCAACUUUCUCUAGCUUCCCUUGCUAUUAAUUAUUGUAUGGAUAGAUUUGGAGAUAGAAAAUGUAGUAGGGUUUAUUCGGAUUGCGAUGAUUCAUCAUCAAGACCAAGGGGUGGUUCAUCAUGCAAUUGCGAAAUAAUAAAGUUAUAUAAGAGAUGAUCCAUGCAGUUGGAAUGUAAGGAAGAAGAGAUCAUUGGGCCAUAUGAUGUGUGAUGAGAAUGCCAGUUGAUGACGAAGAUAGAUGGCCUAGGUACACAAGAUAUCAUAGUUUUAAAAUCUCUUGCCUCUCUCCUCUAAUUACUCUUAGGACAAUAUAACUCUCUUUAGUUGUUUCAAAUUGUAAAGUGUGAAGACUUGACAAACUACUUUUUGUUGCCUGUAUAUAUAUCAUCCUAUCCACUUCUCAAUCA